UCUGUGAAGCAAGCGUUCUGGCGUUUAGUUGGGACACCUCCUUGGGUCCUUUCUCACUGCCGCGGUGUGCGGCAGGCUGUUUCUACCUGCUCCCUGCUGAGCCUGCCCUGGCGCUGUCCCCGACGCUGAUUUCAUGAUUUUCUGCCGUUUCUUGGCAAAAAUGGCAACCAAUGAUGCUGUUUUGAAGAGACUGGAACAGAAGGGUGCAGAGGCAGAUCAAAUUAUUGAGUAUCUUAAGCAGCAAGUUGCUCUUCUUAAGGAAAAAGCAAUUUUGCAGGCAACUUUGAGAGAAGAGAAGAAACUUCGAGUCGAAAAUGCUAAAUUGAAGAAAGAAAUUGAAGAAUUGAAACAAGAGCUAAUUCAGGCCGAAAUUAAAAAUGGAGUGAAACAAAUACCAUUUCCAUCUGGUACUCCACUGCAAGCUAAUUCUAAAAACAUGACACAGUCUAUACCAAUCACAACCAUAUCUUCUGGUGCCAAAGAACAGGUAAAAGGAGAAGGAGGCGAAGAAAAGAAGGUGAAAGAGAAACUUGAAAAGAAAGGAGAGAAAAAGGAGAAAAAACAGCAAUCUACAGCAGGAAGUGCUGAUUCUAAGCCAAUAGAUGUUUCCCGUCUGGAUCUUCGAAUUGGUUGUAUUAUCACUGCUAAAAAACAUCCUGAUGCAGACUCUUUGUAUGUAGAAGAAGUAGAUGUUGGGGAAGCAGCCCCAAGAACCGUUGUCAGUGGCCUGGUGAAUCAUGUCCCUCUCGAUCAGAUGCAGAAUCGUAUGGUGAUUUUACUUUGUAAUCUAAAACCUGCAAAGAUGAGGGGAGUACUAUCUCAAGCGAUGGUGAUGUGUGCUAGUUCACCAGAGAAAGUUGAAAUCUUGGCACCUCCUAAUGGGUCUGUUCCUGGAGACAGAAUUACUUUUGAUGCUUUUCCUGGAGAGCCUGACAAGGAGUUGAAUCCUAAGAAGAAGAUUUGGGAGCAGAUCCAGCCGGAUCUGUACACUAAUGGAGAGUGUGUGGCUACUUACAAAGGAACUCCCUUUGAGGUGAAAGGGAAGGGAGUGUGUAGGGCUCAAACUAUGGCCAACAGUGGAAUAAAAUAAAAUUAAAUUAAAAUGCUUCAGUUACUAAAAUACAUUAGAAAGAAUUUUAAUAACAAUAAAAAGAAAUACAUUUGUCAUUUAUACCUAAAA